AUGAAUAGGACUGAAGAAGAAGUGGUGGACAUCAUUGAGGAUGUUGUGAAGUAUUUUAGAGAUUGGCAAGAUGUUGAGAGAGAAACGGUGUACUCGGUUAAUCAUUUGAAUGUAAUUAACAAUCUCUCUUCACAAAUGGCAAACUUGGGGAAGGAAAGUAAUAAUGAUUUUGACAAUAAUGAGAGUGAACAUGUGCACUCUGUAUCAAACAAUAUUAAUAGUGGAACUAAGGAGGGUCUUAAGGAGGUCUUGGUAGAGGAUGAGAGAAACGAUGAAUCUUUGAGUGAGGUUUUGAUUGAGACACCUAGAGAGGUGAGAGUGGAAAAAGAUAUUGUGAAACCCAAGCUUCCAUAUCCACAAAAAUUCAUGAGACAUAAGUUGGAUAAACAAUUUGUAAGAUUUAUUGACAUGUUUAAGCAACUUCAUCUUUCUCUACCUUUUACCGAAGUUGUUACCCAAAUGCCUAAUUUUGCAAAAUUUCUCAAAGACAUUUUGAGUGGUAGAAGGUCUUGUGAUGUGGUGGAGACGGUCAACUUGACCGAGAAUUGUAGUGCAAUAAUAAUGAACAAGAUGCCACCCAAGUUGAAAGAUCCCGGAAACUUCUCUAUCCCUUGUGCCAUUAACAAGAUGAAAAUUAAUAAUGCCUUAUGUGACUUAGGAGCUAGUGUCAGGUUAAUUUCAUUUUCGGUUUAUCAAAGACUUGAGUUAGGUGAACUUAUGCCUUCUAAGAUUACCUUGCAAUUGGUCAAUAGGUCAAUUAAGAUUCCCAAGGGGAAGGUUGAGGAUGUUCCUUUGUGA